AGUCCGCGUUGAUCUCUGGAUCUGGUGUAUAUAUGACCAGGAAGGAACGAAGAAUUACUCCAUCGCUUACCUGCAUACAUACACGAAUACCUACGAAUAGAUCGAUGGCGGUCGACGAUGCGCAUGCGCCUGCUAAGAAGAGAUGUCGACGAGCGACGGAAAGCAUCUCCGGCAUCUCGUCUUUGCCGGAGCACCUUCAACAAGAGAUCUUCCUCCGCGUGGGCGAUAUCAAAGCCCUAUUCAUGUUCGCCGUGACAAGCCGCGGGUGGCUCCGUCGCUUCACCGAUCCGACCUUCCUCCGCGAGCUAUGUCCGAGACACGGCGGCAAUAGCCGCCAUGGCGCGCGCGUCCUGGGCGUCUGGCUACAGUGCGCCGUGUUCGAUCCCUACGACAAGGUGAUGGUACAGGCGCGGAUGGCGCCGCAGCAGCAGCAGGGCGCGUCGUCCAUGGCGGCGCCGACCUUCCUGCCGGCGCUGGGCUCGCCGCUCGGCGCCCGCCGUCUCGUCGACGGAGACGCCGCCUUCGACUACGCCGAGCUCCUAGCCGCGCGGCGCGGCAUCGUGCUGGUGCGGCUCGCCCCCCGCACGCCUGCCGAGAUGGACAGCCGCCCGUACCUGUUCGCCGUAUGCAACCCCGUGACCGGCCACCGCCACGUCCUCCCGCCUCCGGAGUGGAGCCUCAGCGAAGUGAGAGGCUACGCCAUCGUCACCGCGGCCGACAGUCCGCAGCUUCAUCCGCCAGCGGCGGCGCACUUCACGUUCUCGCGGCUGCUCGUCAUCGCCCACCAUAGACAAGGUAUCAGAGGCGACGCGUACCUGCACUCGUACUCCGCCGCCACGCGCAGCUGGAGCGCGCCCACCAUGUGCCUGGACCGCGGCGACAUGCGCGCGGUGACGGUGUGUGACUGGUCGGCCGUCGUCCACCGUGGCGCGGCGCAUUGGCUGUGCGUCGACAUCGAGCGCUACCACCUCGCAACCAGAACCAGAGGCAGAGGCAGAGGCGACGACGACCGCCACAUGUACAUGCUCAGCGUGGACGUGGCCACCGCACGCGCCUCCUUGACAAGGCUCCCCGUCCGUGUCGGCGGCAAUCCACUCCUCUACGUCACCGGCGACGGCAAUCUCGCGGUCGCCACCGUGUACAUGUCGCACGUGACUGUUUGGACAGAGUCCCCUGCGUCUACGGCUCCGGCGUGGCUCCGCACUUCGUUUCUCAUGCCAGCGGCGGCGCCGGCGGUACCUUACCCACCCCCGCAAUUGCGGCACCAGGAGAAUUGGCGCAACUUCAACCAUGGAUCGUUGAUCGCGGUGUUCAGGGGCACCAAGAUCUUCAUCCUCGACAUUGACACCAAAGCGAUGGAGAAGGUCUCCGUCCUCGACUUCCACAGCAAGGCGAUGAUCUCCCUGGCUGCUGCUAACUGGCAGGCAACGUGGGUGCCCUAUGAGAUGGACGUGGUGGAGUUCUUCAUGGUCCAGCUUGGUGGCAUACGAGAUCGACUGGGACCUACUAUCUCAGAAAUUCAAUCUCCAUAGAUGCUACUGUUUCUUCCAUACUAUAAGUCGAUAGA